AUGACAAUGAGGGUGAGGGUGGUGGUGAGGGUGAGGGUGGUGGUGAGGGUGAGGGUGAGGGUGGUGGUGAGGGUGAGGGUGGUGGUGAGGGUGGUGGUGAGGGUGAGGGUGGUGGUGAGGGUGGUGGUGAGGGUGGUGGUGAGGGUGGUGGUGAGGGUGAGGGUGGUGGUGAGGGUGAGGGUGGUGAGGGUGGUGAGGGUGAGGGUGGUGGUGAGGGUGGUGGUGAGGGUGAGGGUGGUGGUGAGGGUGAGGUUGAGGGUGGUGGUGAGGGUGAGGGUGGUGAGGGUGAGGGUGAGGGUGGUGGUGGUGGUGAGGGUGAGGGUGGUGGUGAGGGUGAGGUUGUGGGUGGUGGUGAGGGUGCGGGUGGUGGUGAGGGUGCGGGUGGUGGUGAGGGUGAGGGUGGGGGUGAGGGUGAGGGUGGUGGUGGUGAGGGUGGUGGUGAGGGUGAGGUUGAGGGUGGUGGUGAGGGUGCGGGUGGUGGUGAGGGUGCGGGUGGUGGUGAGGGUGAGGGUGGGGGUGAGGGUGAGGGUGAUUGAGAGCUGUUCUCUGGAGUCUAACCUGCAAAUAAUUUAG